AUGCCUAUGGCAUUAUCGGCGCUACCGAAGGCAUUUGGUCUACCGGCUGCUUCCGUGAAAGGUGUAUUCCCUCACCUUUUCAAUACCCCUGAAAACGUUGGUUACGUGGGACCGCUUCCCGCAGCAAAGUUUUACUCUCCGGAUACCAUGAGUAGCGGUGCGCGAGCAGAGUUUUACUUGUGGUACAAUGAGGCUGUAACGAACGAUCAAGUGUUUGACUUUGAUGCGGAAUUGCUGUCGUACUGCCGGUCGGACGUCGAUAUAUUGCGGCGCGCGUGCGUAGCAUUCAGGGACGUAUUUCUGGAAUGCGGCAGAGUGUGUCCCUUUACCGAAAGCAUGACAAUUGCCUCGGCUUGCUCGGCGGUGUUCCGUAAGAAUUUCUUAAAACCAGAGCGAAUAGGUAUCCUGCCACCGGGCGGCUAUCGACUUGCCGACGCCCAGUCUCGCAAGGCUCUGGAAUGGCUAGUCCUGAAGGAGCGUGAGCUGGGCAUUUACAUCAGGCAUGCCGGAAACGGGCGUGAGUUUCGGAUUCCGGAGACUGGUCGCAAGGUGGACGGAUACCAUGUCGCGGGUGACGGCACGCGGCACGUCUUCGAGUUCCACGGGUGCUUCUGGUACGGCUGUCGCGAAUGUUUGCGGAUCAACCGCGACAGACGUAACGUUAAUGGUGAGUCAUUGGACAAGCGUUACGAAGAAACUCGUGCGAAGACCCAGCGUAUGCGUGAACUGGGUUACCGCGUGACAGAGCAGUGGGAAUGCGUCUUUGAUCGAGGCUUGAGGGAGAACGAGGAGAUGAGGGAGUACGUGGCGACACACCCGCUGACCGCUGCCACUGCCACGAGCGAAGCGCUCAACCCGCGUGAUGCGUUCUACGGCGGUCGAACGGGGAACACUUCCCGAUACUACGAGGUGAAAACGGAUGCAGCGGGCAACGCGUGCGAGAAAAUACGAUACGUCGAUGUUUGUUCGUUGUAUCCGUUCAUCUGCAAGAAUGGAUGGUUCCCGGUUGGCCACCCGACGCUCUACGUUGGAGAGGAGUGUAAGCUCCUGACAGGGGCGAGCGGUUGCGACAUCACGCGAGUCGAGGGGAUGAUCAAAUGUCGAGUUUUACCGCCGCGCAAUCUUUAUCACCCUGUUUUACCGGUGCGCAUGCAUGACAAACUCAUGUUUGCUUUGUGCCGCUCAUGUUGUCAGAGUUUGCGUCAGGGCGAGUGUAGGCAUGAUGACGAGGCCGCGCGAGAAUUCGAGGGCACGUGGGUGUCCGUUGAAUUAAAAAAAGCUGUGGAGAUGGGCUAUAAGAUCAAGAGCAUUCGCGAAAUCUGGCAGUAUACGGUAACAUCUUUUGAUCCGACUACUCGUCAAGGUGGGCAUUUCGCCGACUACAUCGACACCUUCCUCAAAAUUAAGCAAGAGGCAAGCGGCUGGCCUGCUGAAUGCGAGGACGAGUCGGCUCAAAUGCGGUACCUCGACGAGUACGAACGUGUCGAGGGUAUACGGCUAGAUCGCGACCGUAUUGCAAAGAAUCCCGGUAUGCGAUCGGUCUCUAAAUUAUGCCCAAACUCAUUUUGGGGUAAGUUUGGACAACGUGAGAACCUGGUAAAAACGGAGGUUAUCAAGACGCGACAGCAGCUGCUCGAGCUUUUGACCAACCCUGAAGUCCAGGUGUCCGGUUUACUGCCUGUAAACGACGAUGUACUGUACGUGCGUUGGUCGCACGCGCAACACAGCGUUGAACCGUCAGCACUGGCGAACGUCGUGAUUGCCGCGUACACCACUGCUCAGGCUCGGCUGAAGCUCUACUCGUACCUCGAGAAGCUCGAUCGGCGCGUUCUCUACUACGAUACCGAUUCAGUGAUUUAUACCCGGAACCACCACCGACCAAACGCGUAUGAACCUCCUACGGGUAACUUCCUUGGCGAUCUAACGGACGAGUUGGAGCCUUACGGCCGUGGGAGCUUUAUACGGGCUUUUGUCUCUGGGGGACCAAAGUUCUACGCUUUCAUCGUCAAACGUCCGAAUGGUGAAGAGGUUGAAAUUUGCAAGGUGAAAGGUAUAACGCUAAAGCACACGGCGAGCUCAAAAAUUAACUUCGAGGCCAUCAAAGGGAUGGUGGUAGAAGCCGCUGCACCCAUCAAUUUGGAGUAUCGUGCUAUUCGCCGUACGGAACUGCACGCAGUGGUGACUCGCACCGAGUGCAAAACGUGCAAGCCAGGAUUCGCGAAAAGGCGUUGCUGCGUCGACAGUUUCGACACGCUGCCCUACGGUUACCGCGCUGGGUGA